GGCCGGAUGUGGAGUUCAUCCGGGGCGUGGCGGCGGCGGAUUUCCCGAAGCUUGUUCCUGGACGUAUGGACCGCAAGUGUACGGAAAGAUCGUCGUGGAAACAGGCUUCGCAUGAGGUCGUCUGUGUUGUUCAAUAUCUUGAAAGCUAUUGGCAUAGAACGAGGCGCUACCAUGGCUGCGCGCCAGGACUACCACGGAAUCGUUCCGUUCUUGUCGAAG